UCAGUCGGGUUUCUACACAUCUGAGCAUCGUGGACUCAGCUGUUCGGCAUCUCUGAUCUGGAAACAUAAAAAUGAGUGCAUCUGUGAUACGUGACCUUCCUGUAAAUUACCGAUCAUCUUUUACAAAGAUAAGGCACCUGGCUAAACCCACAGCUGUAAGAACUGCCCACAUAAUUAUUAACUCUGUGAGUUGACUUUGGCCACAGAAUAACAGUGUUUUCUCCACAGUAGAGGUGUCAGGCGAUAGAUUGUGUGUAAACUGUGGCGGUGAUGGAUGACAAGACGCAGAAGCUCAGUCUGAGGAGAGAAGUGGGGCUGGUGGGAGCCGUGUCCCUCAUUGGAGGGACGAUGAUUGGGUCUGGGAUCUUCAUGUCCCCGCAGACGGUCCUGUCCACCAUCGGCAGCCCUGGAGCCAGCCUGGUGGUGUGGGCCUGCUGCGGCUUGCUGGUGAUUCUGGCGUCUUUCUGCUACGCUGAGCUGGGCACUGUCAUCAGAGAGUCAGGGGGCGAGUACAUCUACAUCCUCAAGACUUCAGGUCCAGUCGUCGCCUUCCUGUUAAUCUUCAGCUCGGUGUUAUUUGUGAGACCUGCUGGCAUUGCCGGUAUCGCGCUGAGUUUUGCUCAGUAUGUCGUGGCUCCUUUCUACGGAGACUGCCCUCCUCCGGUGCUGACGGUGAAGUGCGUGGCUGCUGCUGCUAUCUUGGUGCUCGCCAUCGUGAACUGCCUAAACGUUCGCUUCUCAAUGUCAGUUCAGGUGUUUUUUAUGACAGUCAAGGUUCUGGCUUUGGUGGUCAUUAUAAUAGGAGGCGUGGUGAUGCUUAUCAGAGGAAACACAGGGAGCUUUGAAGACUCCUUUGAGAACACAAAUUUGGGCAUCAAUCCAAUUGGCAUUGCUUUCUACCAGGGACUGUGGUCGUAUGACGGCUGGAACAAUCUGAAUUCUGCGACUGAAGAGUUGAAACGUCCAGAGGUGAGUAAGAGGAUGGAAGGAUUUCCUCUGAUUACUGCACUGAGUUGCUGACUAAGACCAGGAGUGUCAAACUCAUCUUAGUUCAGGUUCCACAUUCAGCCCAGUUUGAUCUAAAGUGUGCAGACCAUUAAAAUCAUAGCAUAAUAACCUAUAAAUAACCACAACUCCACAUUUUUCCUUUCCUGUUUUAGUGCAAAGAAGUAUGUUCUGGAAAUGUUCACAUUUCAGGAACUAAAAAACAGGACACAAAAUGUCAAAAGUGAGAAUUAAAAUGACAGAAACAACAGAAAACAAAACAGAAAAGAGAAAAUUAGACAAAAAAAUUUACAAAAAUGAGACAAAAUACACACAUGACAAUAUAAAAAAUUGCAAGCAAGAAACAAAACGUCAAAAGAAUAGAAAACGCAAGCGAGACAAAAAAACUCGACAAAAACGAUGCUAAAAACAAUGAAUAAAGCAAAACACAAAAUGAUAAAAAUGACAACAAAACAAGCGAGACGAAAGGAAACACAAAACGACAAAAAUGAGAAACAAAAUGACAAACAUGAGACAAACAAAAGUCAGACUCAAAAAUGAAAAAAAUAUAAAAAUGAGGCACAACACAACAAAAGUGAGAAACAAACUGACAUGAAACAAAAAGGAGACAAAAAUUAGACAAGUUACAAAGCGACAAAAAAAAUGGACAAAUGACAGAGACAAAAAAUGACUAAAGCAAGAAGCAAAACGACAAAACACACAAACACAAGCAAGACAAAAAAGAUACACAAAACCAUAAAUAAAGCGAAACAGAAAAUGACAAAAAUGAGAAACCAAAUGAUUAAAACAUGAGACAGACGACAAAAACCAGACCAAAAAAGACAAAAUAUUACUAAAAUGAGGCCCAAAGCAAAAGAACAAUGAACGAUCUAGUGUUUUACUUUACGAUCAAAUCUAGAAUAAUCUGCCCAUGACAUUCUGACCCCCUCACUAUCAUUCACAAUCAAUACGUAACACAUGAUUUCUUUGGCAGAGAACAGAAUUUAUGUUUUUUAUUGCCUACCCAGGUGAUAAAACCAACCAAACGAGAAUCUUAAUUAAUCAUUUAAUGUUUACAAUCUUGUCUAAGCAGUGAACUUCACUGAUAUCACGCAGGGUAAUUAUGUUGAAGUCUGGAGUCCAGUUGUGAAGUAAGACACCAUUCAGCCUUUUCAAUGUUCUUUUAGUGGUUUAGAUGGGCAAUAAAUAUGCAUGUGACAUCAACAUCAUUAUCAAUAUCAGCCGGUAAAGGCUUUAAAAUGAGAUAUUGGCAUCAAGUCAAAAUAAACACUAUCAGAUAAAGCACCUCUGGUUGAAAGUUUACAGUUAUAUAAAUGUUAUGUAGAAAUAAAUGUGGUGUUCAGUACACUACUGGUCAAAAGUUUGGGGUCACUGAUUAUUUUUAGUUUUUUUUCAAUGAAGAUAACAUUAAAUGAAUGAUAAAUCCAGUGUAGACAUUGUUAAUAUGGUAAAUAACUAUUUUGGCCAGAAAUGGCUGAUUUUUAAUGGAAUAUCUCCAUAGGGCAGGGGUGACGAACUCCGUU